AUGGAGUUUCAAAACGGAAAUAACAAUGAUCAGUGGGUGAUCGGAAAAGCUCCUGCGGUCACUUGGACGAGAAUGGAGGACAAGCUCUUCGAGGAGGCUCUGGUGAUGUACCCCGAGGGAAUCGCCGACCGGUGGCAACUGAUCGCUGAUCGAGUGCCAGGAAAGUCAGCCGCGGACAUAAUGGUACACUACGAGGAUUUGGUUCAUGAUGUUUUGGCGAUUGAAUCGGACCUGGUCGAGUUCCCGAGUAACUGGGAUGUGUCCUGUGGGUGCGAGACUGAGUCGAGCCCGAGUCAGAUAGCGUCUGGAUCGUCGGGGAAGGUGGAGAGGAAGAAAGGAACUCCUUGGACCCAAGAAGAACACAGGUUAUUUUUAAUUGGGCUCGAUCGAUAUGGGAAGGGUGACUGGAGGAGCAUUUCAAGAAAUGUGGUCGUGACAAGAACACCAACCCAAGUAGCUAGCCAUGCCCAAAAAUACUACCUUCGAAAGAACUUGGUGAAUAAGGAGAGAAAGAGGUCAAGCAUCCAUGACAUGACCACCACUGCAGAUAUCACUACUGUACCUCCAAGCAAUUUCCCCCAUCAAGGACAAGGAGGGUCCUUGGGUUAUCAGAACCCCACCUUUCCUACGCAAGGAUGA